UGCACUGCUUGCUUAAUAUAAGGCAUAGGAGCUUCUCAGGUUAAGGAGGGGAAAAAAAAAUAAAAGCAGCUCCUUUCUGUGCUGCAUAAGAUCCAGUAUAAUCCCCUUAGGGGAUGAAAUAUAGCAGCAUUUGGAGUCCAGGGCUAAUAUGAGGGGGUUGGCAAACAACUGUCAGUUUUAAAGUGCGUCCAAAACUCAGAUCUCUGACAUCAAUGAAAAAAAAAAAGAAAAAGCUACCUCAACUAAAUUAGCUCAAAGCUAUUUGCAUAAUGGGUCCAGAGGCGGCACAAUAUAAGUAGGAAGGCGCUAGCCAUGCAAAGAGAACUUCACACCCAUUCGAUUGGAUACUGCAAGUGUCUGUAGUAAAGAAGGAAAACUCUGAAGCUCAGAUGUGCAAAUACUUCUAAAGAAGGAAUGAACUGAAGAGCCUCUUGGGAGAAAGAUCAAUCAAAACCACAAAACACAAUCCAGUUGCAGGAACUUCUCUCCCACAAUGACAUCCGUCCGGCUGCUGCUGCUCUCCCUAACUUUCUCCAGUGUCUGUGUCAGUCUGGGGCAGCCCAUUCCAGAAGCAAACGAGAACAGAGAUAGAAGCCAUUUGGAUGACAUCCUGCAAAGGGCAGAAAGCAUCAUCCUUCGGUCUAUCCUCAAGACAGCAGAAGAGGGGGAAGAGACUAAUAAAGAAACAAGCGCUCCUCAGCCAGACUGGUUUUCCAAAAGACAACACCCUGGGAAGAGAUUCCCCAGUGACCUAGAGAAGAGGCAGCACCCUGGGAAAAGGGAAGAUGACGAAGAAGUGUCUUAUGGAGAAACUCAGAAGAGACAACAUCCAGGGAAAAGGGAGGAAGACGACGACCUUGACAGUGACAUGGAGCUGCAGAAGAGGCAGCAUCCUGGCAGGAGGUCACUGUGGGACCAGUAUGUUGAUAUCCCUCACACCCAACUGGCCUAUCUGAAUGAACUAUCCAAAAGGCAACACCCAGGCAAGAGGUCUCUGAUUUACAACAAGCGUCAGCACCCUGGCAAGAGGAGCUGGGAUGACGGGCUGGAUCUGGGCAACCAAGACCUGGAGAAACGCCAGCACCCUGGAAGAAGAUACAUGGAUUCUGAAAGCCCAGAUUAUGAUGCCCCCUGUGACCGCCCAGAUUCCUUCAACUGUAGCAGCUUCUUGCUCGAGUUACUAGAUAAUGUCAACAAGGGCAGAGUAGAAGAGAAGCGGCAGCAUCCUGGGAGGAGGUUUGCUUGGGAAAGUGAGAUGGGGGCAGAGGAGUGAGAAAGGGCGAUUGCAUUGGCCAUCAUUUACAUUUGAUUCAGAGUGAUCUGCCAGACUACUUAAAGUUCUGUUCAUCCCCCCCACCCCCAGACUCUCUGCUGCUGACCUGCCAUACGAGUAACUCCUUAGAAAUAAAGCUAAAGUCCUCGAGGAUUAAAGCCCUGAUUCAGCCAGGUACUUAGGCAUGUACAUGGUCCCACUGAAGUCAAUGCACUACUCACACAUUUAAAGUUAAGGAUGUGCUUAAAUACCUUGCUGACUCAGGGGCAACGGGCCUAAUCCUGCCAAGUGCUGAGUGCCUUCAACUCCCACCAUCAUGGAAAUUGGGGGUGCUCAGUAUCUUACAGGAUCAGGCUCUAAGAUGACCCCUUUAUGUGCACCCACCAAUUGUAUCCCCUGAGGACUAGAAUGGCCCCAUUAUAUGCGUUCAGGAUACUAGAUGGUGAAGCAGAAUAAUUACAUGGCUCUUAUGUAAGUGAAAACAAGUUAAUUUACAGAGAGGGAGAGAAAAAACAUAUGAAGUGAUUUCAAAAUGAAAUUUAACAGGGUGUUACUUUUAAAUGAUACAUUAGUGAAACAUGUACGCUUAUGCACUUCAGCCUAUUCUGAUAAUAAACAUUAAUUCCUGGGCAGAGAGAGGCACUAUGCACGAAUGUAACAGAUUGGCUGUUUAGCUUUACACCUUGCGUUCAAACAAUUGACUCAAAACCAAACAAUAUUUCAUUUAGGAAACUACAGAACAAGGACAUUUAAUGUGUCAUAACAAUUCAACAAGUUGAGAAGAUCCCUGAUGUGUGACUACAUAGUAGGGUCCCCUAAUCAAUACAGCUACAUUUCAGUCAUUUGAUUUGAAACCGAUGUGUUCUCUUUAUUAGAUAGCAACAUUUUGAAUUGCAACAAGCAGGCAUUUUCUCGAUAGGAGAAUUUUUGUUGUUCUUCUAAUUAAGUUUCUCCCCUUCCCCCUAAAAAAUGUUUUCAGUGGUCUACAGAUUCUGCAAGGUGUUUAUUUGGCAUGAACAAUUCAAUAAAUAUCAAUAGUCAAUCCCAUCGUAA